GUUCGUGAAUAUGAGCUUUCAAAGGAUAACUUCUCUAAAACUGGAAACUUUGGUUUUGGAAUCCAAGAACAUAUUGAUCUUGGAAUUAAAUAUGACCCCAGUAUUGGGAUUUAUGGCAUGGAUUUCUACGUAGUGCUGGGACGUCCUGGUUUCAGUGUUGCUGAACGGAAAAGGAAGCAAUCCAGAAUUGGCUACAAGCAUCUGAUAUCAAAGGAUGAAUCCAUGAAGUGGUUCCAACAGAAGGUAACACCUGGAAACCCUUAUACCUUAACGUCACUAUGCAUAUUCUUCACUCUUUUCUCUAUACAUUGCCUUUGGUAUUGAAAGGUGAAUUUGUCAAAUUAUCAAGUGUCUCAUUAAUUUGUGAUCAUUUUCUUUAUUGCCAUGAUUUUAUGUUUGAUACAGAGGUGAUACUGUUCAGAGAAAUUAGACAUCAGUCACUCUAAGGGGAGGUAGGCCCCUAUUAAAACUGGCUUAAAGCUGAACUGGGCCAGCCUGCUUAACCCUUUAACUUUGGGGAGCUGAGCCAAAUUGGCAACAGUUGGAAAAUACUCAUACAGCUGUGACUCUUAUUAUUACUGCUUUUCAGUGGCUGACUUUCCUUAUUUGACUGAUAAACAACUUCGCUUUGUCUCUGAUGAGCUAUUGAUUAUUCGAAUUCACACAGUCAAAACUUAAGUGACUAUCAUAAAUUUCAGUCCUUUUUAGGACUUCCCCUCCCCUGGAUAAUUUAUAAGAUCAUUUGUUACCACCAUCCCUCCCCUCUCUCUCCGACUCUACACAGCUUACUAUGUUAUACUUCUAUGUUAAUAUUGUUUUGUUUUGUUUUGUUUUAUUAGUAUGACGGUAUAUUGUUGCCAUCAAAGAAGAAGAAGUGA